AUGGCUGAUCAAUUGACAGAAGAGCAGAUAGCCGAAUUUAAAGAAGCUUUUUCCCUGUUUGACAAAGAUGGUGAUGGAACAAUUACUACAAAAGAAUUGGGUACGGUGAUGCGUAGUCUGGGUCAAAAUCCAACAGAAGCUGAAUUGCAAGAUAUGAUCAAUGAAGUCGAUGCCGACGGUAAUGGUACGAUUGAUUUUCCUGAAUUUUUAACCAUGAUGGCACGUAAAAUGAAGGAUACUGAUUCGGAAGAAGAAAUUCGCGAAGCAUUCCGCGUGUUUGAUAAAGAUGGAAAUGGAUUUAUAUCAGCUGCUGAACUUCGACAUGUCAUGACCAAUUUAGGUGAAAAACUCACCGAUGAAGAAGUCGAUGAAAUGAUUCGAGAAGCAGAUAUUGAUGGAGAUGGACAAGUUAAUUAUGAAGAAUUCGUAACAAUGAUGACAUCGAAAUAA